ACCUGGCAGAGAAGCUGGGAAGUGGCCACAGCCCCGAGAAGGCAGCUGAAGGGCUGCUCUGAAGGGCAGCAUCCACCUCAAGAGCCCAGCGCUCUCAACGCUGAGUCCCCAGGGACUCCAGCAAAGCACCCAAGCGUGCUGGACACCAAGGCUCUCCCUCCGCAUUCACACUCACAGCCUGGCUGCCUGCCUGCCAUGCAAGCACACUGCAGUGGUGGGGAAGAGCCCUGCCCAAAGGCCCCGGGAGCUCUUCCCGAGCCGCACCUAAGGGGACAUGGCUGAAUUCUGCCCACAGGCUGCACUGGCACCCAGGGACACAGGGAUGCAGUGGUGGUCAGGUUUCCCAACAGGAGCAUCAUACAGCCCCAGAAGGGACAGAGGCUGGAGCUGAACUGCAUGAGAAACAAUGACUCCUGGAAAGUAUCCUGGAUCCGCCUGGACAAGAGUGGGAACAUUCACUUCAUUCUUUCCAGUUACAGAAAGAACACCACCACAUUUAAUGGGGGUGAGAGAACAUCUCCGCACUUUCAGGCAUCAUGGAGAGUCAGCACCUCUACGCUGGUUGUGAAAUCCUUCAGGGCAGAAGAUGAGGGGAUCUAUUUCUGCACUGUCAGCAUUAACCAGGUGCUCCACAUCAGCUCAGGACAACCCGCCUUCUUCCCAGGCACAACAACAGCAGCACCCAGCACCCUCACUGCCACCAACCAGAGCAGCCAGGUCACCACAAAGGACAUCGCCUGUCACAGCCCGGACGCAGGAACAAGCAACAAGAACAUGCUGAACUCCUCCUGUGAAGUUUUUCUCUGGGUUCAAGUGGCUGGCACCUGCCUCCUGCUCCUCACUGCCAUAACCAUCAUCAUCACACACCGCCAAAGGAAGACCCACCCUGACACCAUGCAGAGGUUCCUGGAGACUCACACUACAGAGCACAAAACCAUUCCGCCAGGGCAAUGGGCUCUCUCCCUAUUGCCCUCACACAGCCAUUGUGUAUCCAGGACACAGGGAAUGCUGAAGGACUGCUCUUAAAACUCUUUCCCAUAUUUUCCUCAUUUCUAGGUUAGAUUGAGAAAUAUUUAUUGCAUUCUGCACUCUCAGGCAAUAUCUGAAAACACAGAAACUUCAUUCCAUUAGACUACUUUGCCUCUAUAAUCCUGAUAUCCAUAAAUCAGGGUUGGAAGAUGCAGAACCCAAAACACUGAGGAAUAACUCAAGAGAAACUUGCUCCAGUAUAGGUCUUCAAAAUCCACAUGCUAACACUCUCAGCAGCAGAUUGAGCUACAGCCAAACUACCUCCUUAAUUACACAUACUCAGAGGCUGCUAUGCUGCAAGCUUUGAGGCUACACUUCUGGGAAGGCAACAGGUUUGGGCACAAUUUCAGGUCUGAAAUCUUUAAUUUGAUCAGAGAAAGUAGCCAGGGCAAAGGUAUGUUUGAGCGCCAGCAUUUCUCUUUUCCCCCCUCCUGUUGAAACUAAGGUUGUGACUGGAGAUGAAAUUCUGAAACUUUCACUCAGCUCUCAGUUCUUCUUUACCAAAGAGAUCAAAUGUUCUAAAUGCACAAAGCAGACGGAUAAUCAAAACCAACCAUGUCUCACACUCCGUUGUCACUUGCAGGACCAAGCUCACCGUAAGCAAGCAGUGCUGCAACGCUGCUCAGCAGAAGGCACACAGGCAUCCGCCACAAGCACCGCACUGAUACCAUCAGUAACACACACAGCUGCCCUGAUGGAGAGUGGGCAUUUGGCUGAUCCUUCUCUGCCCAUUCAGCAAUCACACCCAAAACUCAGCUCUCAGACCCCAACCCACAUCUCACUUCUGAAGUCUUCCAGAUUAUACGCUCCUAAUUCUUAACGUU